AUGCGUGCAAUCCUGAAACGCCAUAGAAAGGUUUUCCGGGGUGAUGAAAUGCCGCACCUGCUCCCGCCAGAGGCGUGGUUUGUGACCUCGAUGAGACAACAAACCCAUCGCGUUGCGCCCAAGAUCGAUUGGACCACUCGUUGCAGUCAAGAACCCCUCAAGAAAUUGCUCGAGAACAAGCUGAUUGAACAUUCAGAAUCGCAAUGGGCAUCUCCCAUCAUGAUCGUGCUUAAGAAAAUGGGGUGGACAUCGGGAUUUCUGCCUAGCUACCCGUUAUCUCUCGUCGACGACCUGCGAAUUGGUUUUGAGAAAGCACUGUCGUUCGUGAGCCUGAAUAUGGCCAGCGGUUUCUGGGCAAUUAAGAUGACCGAAAGAGUCAAGUUGAUUGCACCUUUCGUAUGUCCAUUUCGACAAUUCCAGUGGAUUCGAAUGCGGUUUGGUCUACAAAAUGCACUUCUAAUUUACCAGCAAGUGAUCAACAAUUGGCUGUGGGGAUUCGUGCGUCUUCCACCAGAAGCGGAGGCGGAAGUAGACCAAGAAGUUUUGAAUUACCUGAAUCUGGACGCCCAGGAUGAUGGACCUCCAGGGUAUAGCACUCCAGGGUGUACAGGUUGUGAAGACGACCAUACUUCUCGGUCGUUACCGACCCUGGCGGACCAGAUUACAGUGUUCAAGAGGAACAUCCCUGCUCCGACGCAGAUGUCACCUGUCUUAGGUCGCAGCUCUUAUAUCGAUGAUAUCGCACAUGGCGCACCGACUUGGGAUGCAUUGUGUGCUGAUCUGGAUGCCUUGUUAUACAGGCUGCGGUAUUGGAAUAUCUCAGUGAGUCUGCCGAAGAGCGAGUUCGGGAAACUGACCAUUCCGUGUCUGUCGCAUGAGAUUAGCGCUGAAGGAAUCAGGGCACCACCGAAGAUCGCCAAGGGUGUUCAGGAUUUAUCGUUCCCAACUACAAUGAAGGGAGUGCGAUCUUUCUUGGGCAGCCUGAAUUACUAUCAUAAAUUCAUCGAAGACUACCCCGUAAUCGCAGCCUCCCUGGUAAAACAGGCGGUUGAAAUCCUGAAACACAAUAUCGUGUCGACCCCAGUAUUGAAGCAUCCUGAUAGGACCAUACCGUUUGUCAUUAUACCCCAUGCAAAUCGAUGGGCUGCCUGUGCGGUCCUGGGUCAAGCACAUGACGGUUUGAUCCAGCCAGUGCGUUUUACGGGGCGUGUUCUCCACCAAGCGGAGUUGAGAUACCACAUUGCAGAAAAGAAAUUCAUCGACGUUUUGAGAGUACCGCGGGUGUUCAGAACACUCAUUCAGGGUUGCCCUCUCAUCACACUCAGUCCUGAAGUGGAUCAUGAAAUCCAAGACGGCAGACGGGAGAUGCGUACCCUGGGUUGGCAAUGGAAUUUGGACGUCAGGAAGAUCCAGCGAGACGAACACAGACUAGCUGCCAUCCUGCGUGCCGGCAUCACACCACGGGAGCAUCUAGACGAAGUCGACGAGCUCAUUCCUGCCAAGGGGUGUGCAAAACCGCCACCGAUAAUCAGCGUGGAGAUGUUGAAAGAUUCUUUCGAGGGCAUCGUUCUAAGCUUUGAUGGUGCCGCCAAGACGUCAUCCCGGCAAGAUGCACAGGGUUUCAUCCUGGAUGACGUCACUGUGAAUGACGCCGAGUACUGCGGGCUGCUGAAUGGUUUAAUCAUGGCGCAGGCCAGGGGCAGACUGAUCGCUGUGGGAGACUCACGCAUUGUCAUCCAGCAAGUACAGGGUCGGAUUAACUGUAAUCAGCCUAAUUCGCAAAGGAGAUUGACCAGUUGUGAAGCAUUGAAGGCAAAGUUCGAUUUGGUGAGACUGGUACACGUCAAGCGGGACUUCAAUCAGACAGCGGACUUCCUGACUUCCAGGACACUGUUGCUCGGAAGAUCCUGGAGUGUCCAGGAAGACGGAGAACGUCAACACAUGGAACGAGUGUCCAAGAUUCAAGAGAAGUUGAUGAAGUCAGCCGAGGGUCACGUGGUGACCGGUCAUUCAGGAUCGGUCGUCCCCCAGGAAGAAGAAGGCCGUUCAGACAUUCCUGGAUGCCCCUCUGCCCUGGAUGUCAUGGCAGCUCCACUGCCACGUGCAGCCAAAAUCUUGGUUGCUGUGACACGAGCUAGUGUCCGAGACCAACGGUGUCAUCUGAACCUCUCGAUCCUUCGGAUAAUCAACGAGAGAGGUGGUGGCGAAUUAAGGUACACCAAGAGCAAGAUGAAUAUCGGUAUCGCUAAGGUCGCAGGCCUGUUUGCUCUGGACGCCCGUGGAGUGCUGUAUCGAUGGGCCCAGUCCACCCGAGGCAGACCCCGAGAUGCCCAGGAUGAAUUACGACUGGUAGUACCAGUCACUCUGAGAGAAGAUAUUCUGCACUAUGCUCAUGAAGAUUUUCAGGGGGGACACCAGGGCAUCAAACGGACUCAUGAAAAGUUUACUGACCCGGGAUGUAUGCCGACGUGGAACGGCGCGUAA